GGGAGGAAAGCCUGUCAGGUUAGGUUGAGGAGCGAGUCCUUUUGCUGUGCUGUGACGCGAGGCUGCUUUAACCCGCUGUCAUUAGUAUCUCGGCACCAACGCUGCACUGAAUAAAUGUCACACCGGGGAGAAUUUGCGGUUGAGGCGAACGACUGGGCUUGACCCGGCUCGCUUCCGCAGCCGGAGCAGCCUUCGCCGACACACGAUGACAAGUGUAAUCGCCAUGUUUUCCCGAAGUGUCAGUGCCGAGAGACUGUGGGUGUGUUGUGCUGCCCUGACAGGAGUCUGAUGGAGAAAGGGACCAGGCUUUUGGAGCGUCCACCGUAGGCAUUUUUAAAAAUCAUCUCGGCUUCACGUUCUGUGAAAUACGCCCAGUCCGAUCACGCAGCUUACUUUCGACUCUCAGGGAACCAGGUGCUAUAAACAGCUGCUCCCCUUAUAUUUUCUAUAAUCAGGAACGUUUUGACAGUCCCUUCUCCCCUCCGAAAAAAACACCGUUUUAGAUUUUGCACCCUGUGACCCUGAUGAAGGGAGAUGGGAAGGAGACCUGGUCCAAACCUUGGUCAGUGCCACUUUGUAAUCAUCCCCAGCUGUCUAAAUCUCUGACAGUACAAUAGCGUUAUGCUAGUCAACCAUUAGCACUGAAACAGAACCCAGACCAACUUUCAGAAUGCCUGUGCAAGCAUCACAGUGGACAGAAUUCCUCUCCUGUCCCAUCUGCUACAAUGAAUUUGAUGAGAACGUGCACAAACCCAUCAGCUUGGGCUGUGGGCAUACUGUCUGUAAAACCUGUCUGAACAAACUACAUCGCAAGGCAUGUCCCUUUGACCAGACUGCCAUCAACACAGACAUCGAUGUUCUUCCUGUGAACUUUGCACUUCUGCAGUUAGUCGGUGCACAGGUCCCAGACCAGCAAACUGUGAACCUGAGUAACUUGACUGAAAAUAAACAUUAUGAGGUUGCAAAGAAGUGUGUGGAAGAGCUGGCACUCUACUUGAAACCUCUUAGUGGAGGAAAGGGUGUUGCAAGUUUAAAUCAGAGUGCACUGAGUCGACCAAUGCAGCGAAAACUGGUUACCUUGGUUAACUGUCAGUUGGUAGAGGAGGAAGGGCGUGUUCGAGCAAUGCGGGCAGCAAGAUCACUGGGAGAAAGGACAGUUACUGAGCUCAUUCUGCAGCAUCAGAAUCCCCAGCAACUAUCUGCCAAUUUGUGGGCAGCAGUGAGAGCCAGAGGUUGUCAAUUUUUGGGACCAGCUAUGCAGGAAGAAGCUCUUAAAUUGGUCUUACUUGCAUUGGAAGAUGGGUCAGCACUCUCUCGGAAAGUGCUGGUUCUUUUUGUUGUUCAAAGGCUGGAACCACGAUUUCCUCAGGCAUCCAAAACUAGUAUUGGUCAUGUGGUACAACUCUUGUACCGUGCUUCAUGCUUUAAGGUUACUAAAAGGGAUGAAGACUCUUCUCUGAUGCAACUGAAAGAAGAGUUUCGUACUUAUGAAGCUUUGCGCAGGGAGCAUGAUGCACAGAUUGUUCAUAUUGCCAUGGAGGCUGGACUUCGAAUUUCCCCUGAGCAAUGGUCUUCUCUUUUGUAUGGAGAUUUGGCACAUAAAUCACAUAUGCAGUCUAUCAUUGAUAAGCUCCAAUCCCCAGAAUCUUUUGCGAAGAGUGUACAGGAAUUGACUAUUGUCCUACAACGGACAACAGAUCCAGCUAAUUUGAACCGACUCCGAUCCCAUCUUGAACUUCUGGCUAAUAUUGAUCCUAACCCAGAUGCAGCACCUCCAACAUGGGAGCAACUAGAAAAUGCAAUGGUAGCUGUAAGGACUGUAGUACAUGGACUUGUGGAUUUCAUCCAGAACUUCAGUAAAAAAGGCCAUGAAGCACCACAACCACAGCCAAACAGCAAAUAUAAAACCAGCAUGUGCCGAGAUCUUCGACAACAAGGAGGUUGUCCUCGUGGAGCUAACUGUACCUUUGCCCACUCCCAAGAAGAAUUGGAAAAAUAUCGGAUGCGGAAUAAGAAGAUUAAUGCUACUGUCAGGCCCUUCCCUCUGUCCCAAGCUCUUCAGAACAAAGUUGGAAUCACUAAUAUAAUCACAACAUCCGCAGGGAAUGUAGUUUCUAUGACAGGAUCCACUGAAACCACUGUGAAAAUGGUGCAGACGCCAAAUGGGAUAAUUAGUCCAGAAAGUACUCCACAACUAAUACCACGCUGUGCAGAUACCUCAGCUGCUUUAGAAAACGCUAAGAAAAUUGGACAAAACUGCCUAAGUACAUCUGGAUCAUUGUCUGGUUCACCACCAGAAAAUAAAGUUGGCUCACCUCCCAAGACCAUUCUCAACCAGGUGCUCGCUACCCCAGCUGUCGUAUCAUCACAUAUUGGGUCAGAUGCAACUUCACUACCAUCCUCAAAAUCUGUGUCAAGGGUAUCAGUAUACCCAUCCCAACAACCUGACUUGUAUUAUCAGGACCCCAGGACGCCAGUUUCAUAUGAACUGACUGCUUAUCAUCAGCCAGGAGGGUAUUAUCCUCCACAUCCUGGUCUACCAUCUGGUGUGUCUCCUUGCCUUCCUCGUUAUGUACGGCCCAACAGUAUGCCAGAAUCCCCACUCCCACCCACUGUGCCAUACGCUGACCACUACAAUGCUUAUCCACCUCGGGAUCGUCUAGCCUCGUCUCCUUACCCAUCAGCAACCCCGCAACAGUAUGGUUCAGUCCCAGCAGUGCAUUCCGGAAUGUAUACACCAGUCUAUGAUAGCAGGCGCAUGUGGAGGCCACAGAUGUAUCCACGGGAUGAUGUUGUGCGGAGUAAUUCUUUACCUCCAAUGGAUAUGGUGCCUUCAGCUGCCUACCAUCCACCACCACGAGAAAGAUACAGUUCACUUGAUGGAUAUUAUUCCAUGGCUGGGCAGCCAGCAAAUGAACAAAGAAGUAUCAGUAUUCAGAAGGAUGCAUACAGCCGAAUGCAGCAACCAGGCUUUGAUGACCUGCUGAGACGGAAACCAGACCAGUGGACUCACUAUUCCACCCAGAAACCACCUCCUGUCUCUUCUGCUUUGUCCACAGUCACCCAGCCCUCUGACCCUCCAUCCCCCUUGUUCAGUGUAGACUUCAGCUCUGAGCAGUUCUCUGAGAAUACAAGUGAUUUAUGUGUGGGCACUAAAUUUGAAGAUGAUAACAUAUCCCAUUAUUCUCCAUGGUCCUGUGGGACCAUCAGCUCUUGUAUUAGUGCAAUGGAAUCUGAUCCAAAAGACAUCAUGGCAACCACCAGUGUUGAAGUAAUGGACCUUAAUGUGAAACGACGGCUAAAUCUGUUUGAUUCUCAGAGAAGGGCAAAGGAUGAAGAUCCCAUAAUUCCAUUUGGUGACGGACCGAUCAUCUCUAAGUGGGGUGCAAUUUCUAGGUCUGCUCGCACAGGUUAUCAUAAUACAGACCCAGUCCAGGCUACAGCUUCCCAAGGAAGUGCUACAAAGCCAAUUAGUAUAACAGACUAUAGUCCACAUGUUAGCCAUGCAGAUUCUAGUAAUUGGAAUUCCCAUGUCCUUUCAUAUGGAUCGAAUUCUACUACUGGCCAAUACUUAAACAGGGACAGAUUGCAAAUAAUUGACCUGCCUGGUCAUAGGAAACAUUCUAAUGGUGGAGAUCAGUUGAAUAUUGAACUACAACAGAGGGAAUUUUCAGAAGUUUCUGCAGAUGCAAGAUCUGAUCGAGAUAUAGAACUGGAGCUUUCUGCUUUAGAUACUGAUGCCGAACAAGAUGAGGGAAUAGAGGAUGUCCUGGAUUUGGAUAUUGGCUCCCAAAGUGAUCUGACCAAUGAUAUAAUGUCUGAAAAUGGUCACAACCAUAAGCACCAGGGUCAAGAGCAGGAGGAGCAGGGACGGAGAAUUGCAGAGCAAAUUGCUAUCACAGAGGAACAGAAGAUGAUACCGAUAACUUCUGGCUUUAACCAGCCCACUACUGCCUCUGUUGGCUACGUCACCUCCCCGCCUGUGACUGCUUCCUUCAACAUUAGUAAUUUAGUCCUGAAAACAGCUGCAGUCAAGUUGUCAGAAGAUAAAGACAUGAAACCUGCAACUAAUGGCGAGACUCUAGUCAAUGGAAGCUGAAAUGUUUUGUGCUUGCACCAACAUUUAAAAGCAAUUAAUUUUGCUUUCUUUAUUAUAUAAUAUAAUAUAUAACACAUGAAUUUGUAUAUAUGUGUGUAUGUUAUAUUAUGUAUUUUUUUAAAAGAACAAUAUGGGGGCACCAAAUUCCUGUGGACAUUUUUGAUACUACAAAAGCCCUCCUGAAUUAAUCAUUUUGACAAAUAAAUUAACUUUAGUCAGAUAACAAAUUCAAAUUCCCAGUGAAUCUUGGAAUUUGGACAUCAUUCUACUAAAUGCUUUAAAGCAGUCUUUUAUGAGUCUGUUGUGAGCCGGUGCAGUAACUUAGCCAUUCUUAUUCACAAUGGCUAAUGUAGAACGUAAACAACUCAGUUGUUAACCAGCAGAGCCUUGCAGUAAUACAUCUGGUGAAAGCUAACUAUGACUUUACCUCCUCUUCUAUUUCUUUUAUAUAUGUUUUUGUGUAUAAUUCACACAAAAUUGUAAGAAGAUAAUGGCUUGGAAAACUGUAUUUUCGAGCUGUUAUGGUAAGAUUUAGUUUCAUAAUAUUGUUGCACUUUUCAUAGGAAACUUGUUUUGUUAAAUGGUGGAAGGAAUGUACUUUUCACUUUUUUAAAAAAUGCAUAAUUAGAGUUUCAAAAUACAGUUUACCAACAGAUUCCAUAGCAAAUAUGGUAAAAUAAGAUGGAAAAAUUGGAAAAUACCAUUAGUUAUCUGUUUAAACAAAUACAUAAAGCAAACAUUAAGUGGGGUGGAAUCACGGAAACAUUUUGACAUUGCCACUUAUUAUCUACCAAGGUGUGCCUCAGGAAAAUAAAAUGAAAUUAUCCUGCCAGAUUGAUCAUUUGGUUAAGAUGACAUAUUAACAGAAAAUUGUGGAAAUACUUAGGUCAAGCAGCAACUGUGGAAGAGAAAGUUACUAACUUGAAACGUUAUUCUGUUUUUCUUUCCACAAAUGCUUCCUGAUCCAAUUUAGUAUUUCCAACAUUUUCAAUUUAUAAUUCAGAUUUCGAGAGUUCACAGAUUUUUCUUUUGGUUAGCAUGACAGCAUGUUUUCACUUUCUUGGCACCAAUAAUCACACAGGCUAAUCAACAACUUUGUGUAAAAUCAGUUCAUUCGUCCCCUGAAGAAUUUGUCAGUUUUGAUGCAUCUUGGAUAGACAUUUAGCUGAUAGUAUUCUGAUAUUGGUGGAUUUGUAGCAUCAAGGAACUGCAUCAUUGCCUAUUUUGUUGAGCAGGUAGUAAUGAGAAGAAGCAGGUACAGAAUAUUUAAAAAAAAGAGACUAACUGCCUUCUAUCCACCCCCAAACACCAAAGACAAAAAUUCCCAAAUAUGUAGCUAAAAUUUGAACACUUGCUUCAAAAAAUGCCUUGUCUUAUCAUUAAAUCUUAGAUUAUUGGUAAAGAUUUUAAUUAGAUUUUGAAGUAUGUAAGAUAGUGAAAUGUUUUUUAAUGGCAAUAAACUUGUCACCCCAAAUUACAUGAACGUGUUAUGCUAAUUGGUUUACAUAAAAUGCUGUUUGAUCAUAGCUGUGUUCAAAAUAUUUGGCUGUUUUGAGGUUUCUGAUUUUUAUUUGCUAUUCUAUUUGCUGUAUAUAAAGUACAGAAUGAAAACUGUAUUUUGGAACUCCUGCAUUGUGUGGUGUUUGCACUGAAUGAUAAACCAGUUUCUGCUGGUCUCUUGUUUUUCAUCCUCUCUAUUUUAAGAAUUUCUGACUGUUUCUUUGUAUUUACUGCAACAUAUAAUGUUCGUCCAUUAUGCAGCAAGAGCCCAAAAGUACUGUAAUAAAUUUGAACAAUCCAAAGUCACAUCUGACAGUCCAGUUUAAAACAGCUGUCUUCAAUUUAAUCAGACACAAGGAAAUGCCAAGAAUAUCAGUAGUUUUUUUUGAUAAAAAUACUAAUGGUCAUAAUCAUGGUGAUGCUUUCUAGUUAAUUUAAGGUACAAUUUAAGUUUGCCAUUGCACGCAUGUUUAAUGUACUCUGGGAGACUGGUAGAUUGACUUAUAAAGUAGUUAGGCACCAUUGACAGUAAAAGUGUUUAAAAAUUGUUUACAAAAAUCCAUGAUUGUGAUACUUAUGGAUAUUGUUUAUUUUAACUGUAACCUUUUCUCAAUUUUACAUAAGAGAAAUUGAGGGCUAAGCUAUGUGGCUUUUCAUCAUUUCCCUUUGUGAAGUUUCUGAGUUGGCCUUUUUGAGAAUUAUAGUAGGAGCUUUGUUUUCAUAGCUUAGACCAGCAGUCAGAGGAGUAAUGAUGCAUCCAUUCAUAAAAAACAGAUUAAAAGUUUAACUGUCUUAGUCUAUACUAAUAACAUUCUGUUGAUUCCCAAGCUUGUAUUCAGCUUGCUUAUUUUAUAAUGGGUGGUGUUUUGGAUCAAACAUUGCAAAUUAAUAGAACUGUAUCAAUAAUUCCCUUUUUUAAAGCAAGACACUGUUGCAUGUAUGUAAUUUCUGCUAUGUAGGUAUGCCAUUUACUAGUACCCUAUGGUUAACAGUACCCUCCAGUCUCUAUCUCUAUUGUCCUAUUGUUUAAAUUUUGCAUUUUUUUAUGUUUUGAUGACUUCUGUGAAGUUGAUUGUUCUGAAAAUCGUACUGGGAUAUUUUAAACCAAGCACGACUUUCACCAGGUAGCUGCAAAGGAGGUGUUCUGCUGGUAAACAACUUCUGCAAGAUCAUGUUAUUGGUCGUCUGAGUUGUUAAACUGAUACACAAUACCACAACAAAGUGUCAGAGUUUUUAAAACAGUUUUGUGCACUUCCCUGAGGGUUGAACAUUUUUUCCUGGAGGAUAUUUGCACAGAGUGAUAAGGCAGUUUGCUGCUUGAUGUUUAUAAUUGCAUUAGGCAGUAUCAUGAAAUCUCUUCCUAUUUAUAAUAGGAUUUAUUUAGGUUUUUGUAAUGAAGGAGUGAUAUUGUACAUUUAAAAUUUUGUGGGCCUCCUACUCAGUAUCAUAUACCGAAGCUUAUAGUUACUGAGAUCUAUGCACCUAUUGUAGUCUGAAGUUAUCAGUCUUUGUGUGUUUACAUGGUCUUUAGUCCAUAUCUCUGAACUUGUACACAUUGAAACCUUUUUAAAAUCUGGAUACUGGUAUUGACAGCCACUAGUAAGCAAUCUAAAGCUAAACUGACUGAAGACCAUUUUACAAGUUCUUCUUUUGCAGUAAUUUAAUUUUCAACCAAAGCUGCUCUUAACAAUAUAGAUUCAGAGUGAACCAAAACAUGCACCAAUGCUUUAGGCACGUGGUGUUAGACAUUAAAGUAAGUAGCAUAGGAACAAUAUUUAAUGUAAAUUUUAUGUACAAGUACAUAAUGUUUUCAAAUGAUGUGUACUGUAGUUUCCAUUUAAAAUUUCCGGUUUUAUUUCAGCUUUCCAAUUGCAUUAUUAAUAACCUGGAAGACUUUAAAGAUUUCCACAAUUCAAAUAUUCAAUAAUCACAAGAGUUGCACACAGUUCUGAUUAUUGCUUAUGAAUGUGUUAAUUAUAAAUGGAAGUUGCUGUAUUGCUGUAACAAAUGAAUGCCUAUUUGAGCAUAUCUAUUUUUCACAAAUCAUAACAUUUAUGAGUGUCCAGUGCUUUUCUUGUUGGCCACGCAACAAGCGAGCAUAGGUAUUUGGAAAAAAAAAGAGUCAAACUCAAGUCCCUAACAGACUUUAAAGUAGGAACAGGGGUUUUUUGAAGUUUUUUUCUUAUCCUUGCAUGAGUUACAUUGAUCCAUAUCCUGCAAAGAUUACCAAGCUUUGGAACAAAACCAUCAGACUGGAAUAUAGAAUAUUUCAAAAGAAAUUGUACAUUGGGUGCUGCUGCAGUACUUAUUCCCUGCCACUGUGGGGUCUCAGUGAAUUGUAUAUAAUUGCUUUCUCCCUCUAGUGGUAGAAAAUAGGCCCUGUGAAUCAAAUUUUAGAGAGAGACAAGAGGCCCCAUCAACUAAUUUUCAGAAAUAACCCAUACUACCCUGUCCCCCCAAAAACAUUUUAAAAAUCCUUUUAGAGAUAUAUUUAUUGAUGUCUGAAUUGAGGAAAAUAAAUUAUAACUUUAACUAUCUUGAGGGUGUUACAUGCUAUUUGAACAUGACCAAGAUAUUUUAGGAACCUAGGAGUAUCAGAAUAACCCUCCGAAAAUAGAAUGCAGCCCUCGGGGAAAUGACCGCCCUCUGUGCUACAAAUCUACAAAUAGCAUCUUCAGUGCUUUCUGAGGGUGAAUAUAUAUUACAUAAAUUAAUCUUGUGUAUGUAUCUUUUUUAUUUUAAAAUUGCAUUCUUUAAAACAAAUACUUGGUUGUGCUCUGCUAGAGGGGUAUUGGGGAAACUGGUUGCUUUUUUUUUAACAACUGAUGCACGUUAAUGGUAACGUAUCAUCAUUUUGAGAAUCAGUCAACUUUUAUUUUAAACAUUUAAAUGGAAUCCAUUCCUGUGCAGUUCUGCUGCAUGGGCCCAAGAUGCAUUACAUCAGAAUUAGGUCACCUGCACAUAUUCCAUAAACCCAUCCAGUGAAGGCCUCAGUUAAUCAAAGGCAUGGAAAUGCAUGCAAUUCCUUAGCUGGGCAAGAGAAAUACAUUAUACUGUAGUUGUGAUACAACACACAUGUGGUUCUUAUUUGUACUACACAUGCCCACUGUACAGCCACUUGAAGCGUUGUGAUUAGCUUGCAGCGUUUGCUGUCUGCAUUUAUGCCGUUUUGCAUAUUCUUUUCCCUGAAAGUUAGGAAAAAUAUGUUUGCUGCAAAAAUAAAAUCUUUAGAAAAAUUGCUUAGCUGGAAAAGUUGGGAAAAGAGGCCUGUUUUGUCAAUUGUACAACAGAUUGUGGAGCUCAAGUGUGAAUAUUUUACGUCUGUAUUAGACAUUUUCUUUGCAAAUCUAUUGUUCGAUUGAAAUGUAAAUGAAAUUAAAGAUGGUACACAUCCGUCAUGUAUAAAGGAGGCACCAUCAAUAAGAUGGAUUUAAUGGUCAUUUUUACUACACCUACUUGGCUUAUAUUUAAAAUGUAUAAUUUUUUUAAAGUGCUCUGUUAAUUAAAUAGGGAAUAAGUUCUAUUCCAUUUGUUAAUUUCAAUUUGACUUCCAAAUUGUUGGUCAUCUGUUACCUUUUGUUUUAGGAGUAGGAUGGAAUAUGAAUGCUAGGCCAUUUAGGUCUGUAUUGAUUAGUUUUGUGAUACUGAAUAGCAAAGGUUUAAUUCUUUGUGUACAAAACCUUGUUUGCUGUAGCACUGAAUUGAAGAGCUAAUAGCUUGGGCUGUACACUAGAAUAGAGUAUCAUGAAUUUCGGUGUUUGAAAGAUAAUUGGGACAGUUUGCAGUACUUGAAAUGUAUUUGCAUGCAUAACAAUAAAGUUAUUUGUCAAUUAAAA